GGUUACACCCUAUUCUAUUAAAAAAUAAAAUAAGAGAAGGUGUAAGUUGUAACGAGCAAAUCAUGGAUAACUCAAUCAUUGGGUAAUGCAAAUGGCAAAUAGGAAUUUCACAGGUCAACUAAUGAGGAGAAGAAAUUAAAUCCAUUGGGACACUGGACAGUCCCAGCUUGACUUGUGAAGUCAUGUUCUAAGUGGUUCAAGCUUUGUUGCUAAUGAAUCCAUUUUCUUAAAAUCUGUUUUGUACUGCUUGACAUAAGCUGAUGUGUUUUGAAAAUAACUUGUCUACCUUCACAAGAUGAAUAACUUGUAUACAUUCUGUACUUGUUCUCCUUUGAUAAAGGUUUAUGUACUUUUUCAUACAUGAUCAGAUCUUGACAACUUAAAAGGAAAGCUACAUACAUGGAAAGAGAAAAGGAAAAUGAAGGGAAAAGAGAGGACGGAGAAGCAAACAGCUCAUCGCAGGUAUCAUCUGCUAUGCUUCGAGAGGACAUUGUCAAUCUUCAUGAUUUCAUAGAGAGGUUAAAGAUUGAAGAGGAUCAAAUUGUUCUUGACACGGAUCGAAUUGAAAAGCUGAAACUGGAGCUGACAUUUUUGUCGGCAUGUUUACAGCUUUGUUAUUACAUUUCGGAUGGUUCAAAUGCCAAAAUGUCUUGCAUAUCAUAUAAGGUUCAUGAUCUGGUUCAGUCACUUUUUCAUCAGAGAGGAGAUUACAUGCUGGUUAAAUUAAAGGAUCAUGUCGUUCCUCGCCUCCUUGAAAAUAUCAAAAGUUUUAUCAUCUCACAUCGUCAAUCUGAAUCAAGUGCCACCAUGACUGAGGAGAAGUUGGUUGAACUUUUGGACGCGGUCCUUGUGAAUCUCCAUUAUCUACCCAAGGUUCGUGCUGAGUUGUUUUUGCCAUCAAUGACUCAAUAUGAGCUUCUUCAGAAUGUAUUUGGCAAUUUAAGAGAUUUCCAUGGGCUGAAAGUAAAUGGUUGCGUUGAGCAUAAGGCAAUUGAAUAUGUCUUACCACAGCUUCAACUUAUGGCUGAGAGAGUAGGACACUUCUGUUUGGUCCUUUUGUCUUAUCAACUUGAUAAGACAGAUGAAACAGAUGAAGAAGAUGUAGAUGAAACAGAUGGAAAAGAUGAUGAAACAGAUGAAGAAGAUGAAGAUGGACUUGAUCAUAUGUUUUUGAAGUCAUCUACUUUUGAAGUCUCUCAAGUCAAUUCCAUGCUAGUUCAUCUACUUUUGAAGAUAACUCCGGUUUCACUGGAGGUUAUGCACAUAUGUUCUACAAUAUUGGAAGCUUCAAAGUCAGCUGAAGUUGGACACUUCAUUAAGCAGCUCCUAGAAGCAUCUCCAGACAUUCUUAGAGAACAUCUGAUUCACCUACAAGAGCACAUGUUUAAUGCUAUACCUCGUAGCACUUCAGCGUCCAACAUUCAUGUCAUGAUAGAGUUCCUAUUGAUUAUUCUUACAGAUAUGCCAAAGGACUUGAUUCAUUAUGAAAAAUUAUUUGUUCUAUUGGCACGUGUUGGAGAACUUAUUAGGGAGGUGUCCAUUCUCAUUCGCAACUUAGAAGAGAACUCAACGGAUGAAGAGAAUAUGAAAAAAAUAAGUUGUGCAAGUCAAGAUUUGCUGGAAAAUAUUGAACUUCUGAAGGAAGAUCUCAGACAUGUUUUCUUGGAAUCCCCUGCAGACUCAUCUCAGCUCUGCUUCCCCAUGAGUGAUGGACCGCUCUUCAUGACUCUUCUACUCAGAAACUUAAAUGACUUGCUCAAUUCCAAUGCUUAUUCAGUUACUUUGAUAAAAGAAGAAAUCAGUCGGGUGAAAGAAGACUUAGAACACAUAAGAUCGUUCUUUGGGAAUGUGGAGCAAGAAUUGCAUAGAGAUCUUUGGACUCGUGUUCUAGAUGUGGCAUAUGAGGCGGAACAUGCCAUUAACUCAAUUCUUGCCAGAGAUCGUGGUCUCUUGCAGCUUAUCUUCUUACUUCCUGAAACCGUAGGAAAGAUCAAGCUUGUCAGAAAAGAGGUACAAGAGAAGAUCUCCAAGAACAUGAGUAUCAUUUUUGCGAACUCUCCCAACAAGCCAGUUAUAAACAAGUCAUCAAUAGCUAGUAAAAUAAUUGUAGGUUUUGAGGAGGAGACAGAGUGGAUAAUCCAGAAGCUCACCAGCGGACCAGCUGAGGUAGAUGUCAUUUCCAUAGUCGGCAUGCCGGGGCUUGGGAAAACAACUUUGGCUUACAGAGUAUAUACUGAAAAGUCUGUUGUUGGUCAUUUCGACGUUCGUGCUUGGUGCACAGUUGACCAGGAACGUAAUGAGAAAAAGUUGUUGCAGAAAGUUUUCAAUGAAGUUAUUGGUUUGAAAGAAAGAGUCAGUGAGGAUGACAUAGACGAUGACGUUGCUGAUAAGCUACGGAGACAACUGUUUGGAAAGAGGUACCUUAUUGUCUUGGAUGACUUGUGGGAUACUGCAACAUGGGAUGAGCUGACAAGACCCUUAUACGCCAUUCCAUCUGAAUUUCAGAAAGGCAGCAGAGUUAUUUUAACAAGUCGAAAAAAGGAAGUGGCUUUGCAUGGAAAAUUCCACAGUGAUCCUCUUGAUCUUCGAUUGCUAAGACCAGAAGAAAGUUGGGAGUUAUUUGAGAAAAAGGUGUUCGGAGAAGAACGUUGCCCUGAUGAACUAAAAGAUGUUGGAGAGAAAAUAGCCGAAAAGUGUGAUGGGCUUCCUUUGGUACUUGAUUUGAUCGGCGGAGUCAUUUCAAGAAAGGAAAAGAAAGAGGCUUUGUGGAUUGAAGUUCUCAACAAUUUGAGUUCCUUUAUUUUUAAGGAUGAAGAGGAAGUGAUGAAGGUUAUACAAUUAAGUUAUGACAAUUUGUCAGAUCACCUAAAGCCGUGCUUUCUGUACCUUGCAAGUUAUCCAAAGGACGAAGAUAUUGUUAUAUCUUUGUUGAAAGAGUUAUGGACUGAUGAAGGACUUGUGGAACCAACUGAUUUGAAGAGUGUGGAAGAAGUAACGGAGAUUUAUGUGGAUGAGUUAAUUUCUAGUAGCUUGGUAAUUGUGAGAGGUGGUAGCGAACAGAGUUGCCAAAUUCAUGAUCUUGUGCAUGAUUUUUGUUCGAUAAAAUCUAGACAGGAAAAAUUGUUUGAUUUGACGAGCUCAAUUGUUCUAUCUUCAUCUUCUUCAGAUCUGAUGCUGCGUCGACGGGCCAUUAGUUUUGAUGAGGGCAUUUAUUCAGAUGAUUCUUCCUUUUUCAGUCCAGAAAAGAGAAAUCCUUGUGCUAAACACCUCCUCUCUUUGAAGAUAGAAUCUGGAUUUCUGUAUAACUGGCACCUAAGACACCUGAGGCUUCUUAAAAGGUUGGAACUGCGUUAUAUAAUGUUGACAGAUACUGCGCUGAAUGAAAUAGGCAUGCUUGUUCAUUUGAGGUGCUUAAGGAUUUGGAUGGAUGCAAAAGCUCUCCCUCUGUCAUUUUCAAACCUCUGCAAUCUAGAUACUUUGGUGGUGGAAAACAGUGAACCAAACCUGGUAUUAUCCCCUACUAUCUGGAGUCUUGCAAAGCUACGAUAUGUGCAGAUCGAAAGGACUUGUUCUGUCUUUGGUUCGGAUAUUCACAAACCAACAAAAUUAGAAAAUCUGACUACAUUAUCUCUUCUCAAGCUUUCCUGUUCGGUAGACUCAGAAAAUAUUUUCAAAAGAUUUCCCAAUCUUCGAACCCUUGAUUUCAGCAUGGAAUGUUCAGCACCGGAGCAGAUUUAUUUUCCAAGAUUGGAUGUCCUUAAUAAACUUGAAAUGGUGAGUGCAAGUUUUAAGUGCCGUGGGCGUACUCAUGUACAUCAGUUUGAUUUUCACUUCCCAUCAAGCUUGAAAGUAGUGUACUUGGUUGGGUUCCAUCUGGCAUCAGAUGAACUGUCAAGAAUUGGGAGAUCACUACCCAACCUUCAAAAGCUGAGACUAUAUGGAGCAAGUAUCGAAGGGGGAAAAGAAUGGAACAUGGAACAAGUCACCUUCCACAAUCUCAAAUCUCUACAACUGGUUUAUAUGUGUUUUUCUGAAUGGCAGGUUAUUGCAGAUGAAUCCUUUCCCGUGCUCGAGAAAUUAUAUAUACCAUAUUGUACUGAUCUUAUAGAGAUCCCAGAGAGUUUUGGAGAUAUUGCUUCAUUAAAGUUUAUCACAGUGUCGAAUAGCCCUCAGCUUAAAGAGUCGGCACUCAAGAUUAAGGAAUACGUUGAAGAAAUGACCGGAGAAGACAAGCUUGAAGUAGAGUACUAGCGCAGGACAUAAAUUUUUCAUUUUGUCUUUGAAUUUUUUUUUACUUUAUUUGAAAAUUAGUAUUUGGGCAUGACAUUUCAAAUAAAAUUUGAAGUAAUAUUGGGAAUUUGGAAAAAAAAAAAG